GAUAUCAUACCCAGCAUUCCUCAUCUCCCUCAUAAAUGAGCACAAUAUCAAUCUCCCACCACUGUCUCUCAAAUUGUUACAACAAAUGAAUGAGCAUUUCUAUGGACCCUCUUAGAUAGAUGCCUCUCAUCACAGCCACAUACUUGCUUCUCUUGCAUUUAUUUUCUCCGCUUCAAACCAAAUCCAAAUCCAAAUCCAAAUCCAUCAGAGACAAAGAAAGAGAGAUCAUAAUAUGACAAACAGUGAGUACCAACAGACAUACAGCAACAUGACGUCUCUUACUGGAACGCCAAAUCCAGAGAGCGAUUCAGAUGGAGCCAAGCAGGUUCAUGACCAGAGGAUCGUGAUUCCAAACAAACUCAUCACUGAAGCUGAGUGCAUCAAUAGGAAAGAUCAAGCAUGGUUUAUCACCACUCAGAUCCCAACAGAUUUGAAAAUUAAAGUACAAGAGAUCACCUUCCAUGUUCACAAGUAUACAUUGAUUUCAAAAUGUGGCUACAUAGGCCGAAAGGAACUUGAAUCUUCAAUCUCAACCCAGAAAGGAUAUGACCUAGAACUCGAGAACUUCCCAGGUGGAUCGAAAGCAUUCGAAAUGGUUCUCAAAUACUGUUAUGGUUUCCCAGUAGACCUGAACUCAAGUAAUGUAGCCCCAUUGAGAUGUGCAUCAGAGUUUUUGGAAAUGACAGAGGAAUUCGAAGAUGGAAACCUCAUUUGCAAGACAGAGUCCUUCCUCACAUUUGUAGUCCUUUUGUCAUGGAAAGAGUCACUGGCUGUUCUCAAAACUUGCGAGAGUCUCUCGCCAUGGGCUGAAAAUCUACAAAUUGUGAGACGGUGCUGUGACUCGGUAGCUCGGAAACUCUCCAGAGAGAACAUAGUAGGAGAUACAGUCAGUGAGGAUGGGUCGUGGUUAAAUGAUUUAGCUGCACUUCGUAUAGACUAUUUCACGAGAAUUAUAACUGCAAUAAGAGCCAAAGGUAUGAUAAAGCCGGAGACUAUAGGUCAAAGCAUUGAGCAGUAUGCAAGAAAGUGGUUACCAGGCACUGAAAUGGCCCCAGGACUCGGAGAAUAUACACAGGACAAAAGUGACCAGCAAGUAAGUAUUUUGAGCGGUAGGAAAGAUGAACUUGGAAUUGUACGCAGCAAAGAACAUAAAGCUAUUAUUGAAAGCCUACUAAGCAUUGUUCCUCCACAAAGAGAAGCAGUUUCGUGCAGGUUCUUGUUGCAGAUGCUAAAGAUGGCAAGGGUGUAUUCGGCAUCACCAGCUUUGAUUUCAGAACUAGAGAAAAGAAUCGGAAUGGUGUUGGAGGAUGCCAAUGUGAUUGAUAUUUUAAUUCCUAACUGUACAUAUAUUGACCGAGGGAACUUGCCAAAUACACAAGAAGAACGCACUAUGCAUGACAUAGAAGUAGUGCAAAGGCUCCUUGAAUACUACUCACUGUUUGAACAGCAACAGCAGCAACAUAGAAUUGGGAAUUCUAAUGUGUGUAAACUCAUAGACAAUUACCUAGCUGAACUUGCAAGAGAUCCAAAUCUUUCGAUCACCAAGUUUCAAACUUUAGCCAACUCACUGUCAGAAAAUGCAAGGCAUUGUCAUGAUGGAUUGUACAGAGCCAUUGACACCUACCUCAAGACUCAUCCUUUACUAUCUGAGCAUGACCGAAGAAAGCUAUGCAAAAUCAUGAACUAUGAGAAACUAUCGCUUGAUGCAUGUGUGCAUGCUGCACAAAAUGAUCGACUGCCUCUGAGAACCAUAGUUCAGGUUCUGUUCUCAGAGCAAGUGAAGAUGAGGUCAGCGAUGCAAGAGAAGGAGAAAGCACCUAGUAGUGACUCAGAUCAUGAUGGAAAUCAUUUAUCAACAGAGAGAGAAAUUAAAAACCUCAAGACAGAACUUGAGAGCGUGAAGGCACAAAUGGCAGAGUUGCAGAGUGACUACUCAGAGCUACAACAAGAGUAUGAAAAAAUAAGCAACAAGCAAAAGAAUGUAGCAGGUUGGGGAUUUGGUUGGAUGAAGAUAAAGAAUUCCUUUCACACAAGAGUUGAUGGAGAUGAACCUGCCCAUCUGAGACCCAGCCGGACUAGUUCUCGAAUGAGCUUAAGACGUAGAUUAUCAAUGACCUGAAGUAUAGGAAUAUCAGAUUCCUCAAAAAGAUAAAGGAUUCAAAGAAUUUACUACUCUACUUCACUUGUGCAUGAUUGUCACGUAGGUGUAUAGAGUUACAACUCCAAGUCUUUUGUAUUGCUCAUCUUGCAGGAUGCAGACUAUAUACUUUUCAUUUCCAAGAGAUUACCUCUAACCAGCUACAAACAUUUAGAAAAA